GUUUUCUUAUGGUUUGCCCAGUCAAGUGUUUGGAGGAUAUUGGAGGACAGAAUGAUGAAAUAUAGAGCCUCAGCAAAGAUAGAAUUUAGAACCAAUUCCCUGACUUAGAAGAUAAGGAAAAUAAUUCAUAGACUGUAAUUGAGUUGUCCAACUUUACAUAACUGUUCAAAAACAGGUCAUCCAGUGGCUAGAAUCUAAUCACUGACCGACUAGAAUCUGGGUCACUGGACUCGUAAACCAGAACUGACUGUUUAAUUUCUCAGGUUGAUGAUCCUGGCGUAUAUGCUUUAUAUGUGUGUGUGUAAAUCUCUGACAUAAUAAGCCAUACUCAGUAGGCACACCCUGCUUCCUUAUUCAAGCAUCUUAAUUUCAUCCCAUUAAAUCUUUGAAGUAUCAGACUACCAGAAGGCAUGAAGAAACCUGGGCUGAGAGUCUUCGUUCCAGGAGACCUGAUCUUGACUGUAUGGCUGGUUUGAGGUGCAUCACUCUGAACUGCAACACGCUCAUUGGUGACCUGGGUGCAUGUGCUUUUGGAGAAUCUCUUAGUGAGGAAUUAUGGCUUAGAGCACUUGAUCUGCAGCAGUGUGGCCUCACCAAUGAAGGAGCAAAGGCUUUACUAAAGACCCUUGAAACCAAUAGAACUCUGCUCAUUCUGGAUAUAAGAAAAAAUCCACUUGUUGAUCAUUCUGUGAUUAAAGCCGUUAUCAAAAAAGUCCUCCAGAUGGAAGGAGUGCCAAGUCAGAGGUAUAUAACAUGUUUUAGUUCUCUUGGAAGAAUUUCUCUUUAAUGGCUUGUUUUUCUUGCUUUUUAAAAGAAUAUUAUCAAGGUACUUGCUGCCAUCUUAAAACUAAGUUUUUAGUCAAAUGAAAUGGUU